AUGGAUGAAACUGGUAUUACCACAGUUCAAACUCCAGAUCAUAUUGUAGCAAGAAAGGGUUUUAAACAAAUUGGGCGUGUUACUUCGGCUGAGAGAGGCAAUUUAGUAACUGUGGCAGUUGCUUUUUCUGCCGGUGGAAAUUUAAUUCCUCCAUUUUUCGUAUUUCCUCACGUGAAAUUUAAAAGCUAUUUUUUAAAUGGUGCAACUGAUGGAAGUGCAGGCGCUGCAAACCCAUCUGGUUGGAUGACUGAAAUUCAAUUUUUGCAGUUUUCCCAUCAUUUUGUCAAAUAUGCCAGAAGUACAAAAGAACGACCUGUUUUGUUGCUAUUAGACAAUCAUGACUCUCAUCUUUCAGUAGAGGCUUUAGAUUACUUUAAAGAAUAUGGGGUAUCGGUUUGUUCAUUUCCUCCUCAUUGCAGCCAUAAAAUUCAACUUCUACAUCGAAGUGUAUUUGGACCAUUUAAAAAAUACACAAACACAGCUUGCGAUGCGUGGAUGACAAUGCACCCUGGUUCCACAAUGUCUAUUUACAGUAUACCAGGUAUCGUGGGUAACUUAUUUCCAUUAGCAUGUACCCCUAAUAAUAUCAAGGUUGGUUUUGCAAAAACAGGAAUUUACCCACUAAAUGUUAACAUGUUUGGUGAACACAAUUUUAUGCCAGCCUAUACCACAAAUAGACCACCUCCGAAACAAGACUGUGCUGUGGAAAGUACAGUGCUAAAUAUAAGUAAUGUAACGGAUAUUGACUUUACAAUAUCUGAGAAUAACAUGUUAAAUGCUGGUUGCUCAAAAGAUAUAGAACCACGUCAAGAUAUUUCAUAUUCAAGCAGUAAUGAUGUACACAGUGCAUCUACAGAGUCAACUGUAGUUCUAUCGCCUGAAGAUUUAAGACCAUUCAAAAAAGCUUAA